UACGACAAAAGGAAAAGAUACGCUUCUUACCAAGGGUCUCGAACACCAUUAUAAAAGAGACUCAUAUGAGAACCGAUCAAUCCAUCACAGUAGGGAUUUGUAUCCUUAGAGAAUCUACACAUCAAUGGCUUCAUCUUCUUCUACAACACCAUCAACAUUCGGUUUCUCCUCAACCGCAUCUACUGUUACCCCAUACAAUUAUGGGAUAGAACCUCUAAAUGGUACAAACUUCUCAACAUGGAGAGAAUCUGUAAAACUCUCACUUGGCAUGAUGGACCUCGACCAAGCACUGAGAAUGGAUCCACCGGAUGCUCCUAACGUUGAGAGCACUGUGGAGCAGAAGCGUUCUUAUGAACAGUGGGAGAGGUCCAACAGAAUGUGCCUCAUGGUGAUCAAGAAUUCCAUAUCUGUAGCUAUUCGCGGAGCCAUUCCAGACUCAGAAAAUGCGAAAACCUACCUAGAAUAUGUGGAAGAACAGUUUAAGGGCACUUCUAAAGCACAUGCUAGUACCUUGAUUCUCAAAAUGUUGACGAGUAAGUAUGAUGGAGUGAGUGGUAUUCGUGAGCACAUCAUGAAAAUGUCUGAUAUGUCCAAUAAGCUCAAAAGUAUGGACAUGGAAAUAAGUGAAGGUUUCCUCGUUCAUUUCAUAAUGACUUCUCUACCUGCAUCUUAUGGUCCGUUCAAGAUCAAUUACAACACGCAGAAAGAGAAAUGGACAAUGAGCGAGUUGAUUGCUAUGUGCGUUCAAGAAGAAGAGCGUCUUAAAGUUGAAAGACCAGAUGUUGCUCAUCUCACCACCACAAACUCAAAGAAAAGGAAAGGCAAUCGUCAAGGAGGAGGAAAAGGUAACAUUUCUAAGGUCCCAAAGAUAGGUGCAAGCGUGAGCUCCGGUCCUUACUGUAAGUUUUGUCGCUUCAAAGGGCAUUACCAGAGGGAGUGCCCUAAGUUUAAGGCAUGGCUGAAUAAGAAAGGGAUUCCAUUCAAUCCGGACAUUGGGAAGAAAGCAAAGAGUGAUUAAGGUGGGCAACGGAGAAGAAUUAGAAGUGGAGGCCAUUGGAUCUAUCUCAUUAAUUUUAGAGAGUAGCUUCAUUCUUCAUCUUCGUGAUGCUCUUUAUAUACCUAAUAUUACUCGUAAUUUAGUGUCUGUAUCGAAACUAAGUGCUGAUGGUUUUACAUUUAAUUUCGUGUACAAUAAAGUGACAAUAAGCUUGAACUCAAAUGUAAUAGGAUUUGGUAGCAUGGAGGGAAAUCUCUAUAAAUUAUGCUUAGAUACUAA